AAAGAAAGGGACCCCGCAAACGGCUCCCGAGCGUGCUUCCCGGCCCUCGCCCCUCCCCGCGGCCCCGCCGCCCGCGCAGGCUCGGGAGCGGCCGGAAGUGCCGCCCACGCCCACCUGUCGCGCCGCGGUCCCGCGCCCUCCCCCCCCCGCGCGCUGUCCGACUUCCCGUCGGGCCUCUCCUCCGCCUUGGCCCCCUGGACCUGUGGACUUGGCCUCCCGGCGCUCCAGCGUCACCGGAAGGAGAAACCUUUGAAAGGGCCCUGGGCUGCUCCGGGUCCGGCGGCCCUUGGGGGGAAUUUCCUUCUGCUGAAAGCGGCGGCUCAUCCCGAGCUGGCCGAGGCGUUAGAGAUUGGGAACGGCGUUAAGGUGACCCCCUCCCGGCCAUUGCCUGGGGAGCACAGAUGUUCCACAGCACCCCGAUUUAGGACUGCCCUUUGGCGGGCUGCGGACACGAAUCCGGCAUCGAGGCCUGGUGUUUACCUGUUUAGAAGGAUACUUGGAGAAAAAUAAUGCCCUUAAAUUGGUGCCUACAGUACUUUGGACAUGCACCUUCACAGACAUGUGCAUGAGGAUGCGAAGUUUGUGUUACUGUUUGCAUGUCCACAACUGAGAUGAGAUAAGGUUGAUGUUUUUCCUCGUCAUCAACAAACUCUUCAUCUAAGAUUGUUCCUGUGUUUCAUGUUUACAAGCAGUCGAAGUUAAACACAGCACAUACAGGUUGAAAAACCAAAUAAGGAAAUGUAUUCCUUCUCCUGACUAUUCUAAUUUGACUUGGCUAAAGCAAAUUUUAGCUUGGCUUGGGCAGAAAAGUGGAAGGACAAUGCUCCACUUUAACCGAUGUCAGCACCUGGAACAAAUAAUACAGAAAUGUUUUUCUAGUAUACCUUUUAAAACACAUAAACACGUACAGCAGUUUCUUUCAAGAACACUUGCACUUGCAAAAUCAAGGAAAUCAUGGCACUCAACUCACUCUCUCAUUGGAGACAAAAAUAUUAUCCUGAUGGGAGCGCCUGGUGCUGGAAAAACAACAGUAGGCAGAAUAAUAGGUCAGAAACUAGGCUGUUGUGUCAUAGAUGUGAAUGAUGAUAUCCUUGAAAAAACAUGGAAUAUGAGUGUGUCUGAAAAAUUACAGGAAGUCGGUAGUGAGCAAUUUUUAGAAGAGGAAGGAAAAGCCGUGUUAAACUUCUCUGCAUCUGGAAGUGUGAUUUCCCUUACUGGAUCCAAUCCAAUUCAUGAUGUCAGCAUGUGGCAUCUAAAGAAAAAUGGAAUAGUUGUAUACCUGGAUAUACCACUAAUAGAUUUAAUUAAUCGUCUGAGCAUUAUGCAAGUUACUAGGAUUGUAGCCCAGAAUUCUGGAACAUCUAUGAAAGACUUACUUAAACAUAGAAGACAGUAUUAUAAGAAGUGGUAUGACACUCGUGUAUUUUGUGAAAGUGGGGAAUCCCCAGAGGAGAUAGCUGACAAAGUGCUUAUUACACUGAAAAGGUACCAAGAUGCCGACUCGGAAACAUUCACUUCCACAAGACACACUUGGACUGAAGAUUGUAAGCAAAAAGUUUCAACCAAGUUCUUUUCAGAAGCGGUGGUCGAGGGACUAGCUUCUGACGGUGGUCUCUUUGUUCCUGAGAAGGAGUUUCCAAAAUUAAAUGCUGGUGAGUGGAGGAGACUAGUAGGAGCAACAUACAUAGAAAGAGCACAGGUACUGCUGGAGAAGUGUAUCCAUCCUGCUGAUAUCCCUGCUGCCAGGUUGGGAGAAAUGAUUGAAACUGCUUACGCAGAAAACUUCGCCUGCUCAAAAGUUGCCCCUAUCAGGCACCUUUCAAACAACCAGUUCAUCCUGGAGUUGUUUCAUGGACCAACAGGAUCAUUUAAAGAUCUGUCCUUACAGCUUAUGCCUUAUCUUUUUGCACAUUGUAUCCCACCAACUUGUAAUUAUAUGAUACUUGUAGCUACUUCUGGAGACACUGGGAGUGCUGUCUUAAAUGGGUUUAGUAGGCUUAAUAAGCGUGACCAGCAGAGAAUAGCUGUGGUCACAUUUUUCCCAGAGAAUGCGGUGAGUGAAUUUCAAAAAGCACAAAUAAUUGGCAGUCAGAAGGAAAAUGGCUGGGCAGUGGGUGUCAGGUCAGAUUUUGAUUUUUGUCAGACAGCUGUAAAAAGAAUGUUUCAAGAUAGUGAUUUUACUGGCUUUCUUGCUGUGGAAUAUGGAACCAUCUUAAGUUCAGCAAAUUCCAUAAACUGGGGUCGACUGCUUCCCCAAGUAGUUUAUCAUGCUUCUUCAUAUCUUGAUCUUGUCAGCCAAGGAUUUAUUUCUUUUGGAAGCCCAGUUGAUGUGUGUAUUCCCACAGGAAACUUUGGUAACAUUUUAGCAGCAGUGUAUGCCAAAAUGAUGGGAAUCCCUAUUCGAAGAUUUAUUUGUGCCUCUAAUCAGAACCGUGUUUUGACAGAUUUUAUAAAAACAGGACGUUAUGAUCUAAGGGAAAGAAAAUUAGCACAAACCUUUUCACCAGCAAUUGAUAUUCUCAAAUCUUCAAAUUUGGAACGGCAUUUAUACUUGAUGGCUAAUAAAGAUGGGCACUUAGUGACAAAAUUAUUUAGUCAGUUAGAAGAGCAGCAUCACUUCCACAUAGAAAAGAUUUUAAUGGAGAAACUUCAGCAGGAUUUUGUAGCUGACUGGUGCUCUGAGGGCGACUGCCUUGCAGCUAUCCACUCGACCUACAAUACUUUGGGGUAUAUUUUGGACCCCCACACUGCUGUUGCAAAAGUGGUUGCAGACAGAAUGCAAGAUAAAACUUGCCCUGUGAUUAUUUCAUCUACAGCUCAUUACUCAAAAUUUGCACCUGCUAUCAUGAAGGCGUUAAAGAUUAAAGAAAUCAACCAAACUUCAUCAAGUCAGCUUUAUUUACUAAGUUCUUAUAAUGCAUUACCUCCACCGCAUGAGGCUUUAUUAGAAAGAACAAAACAGCAGGAGAAAAUGGAAUACCAGGUGUGUGCAGCAGAUGUGAAUGUCCUGAAGGGUCAUGUGGAAAAACUAAUACAAAGCCAAUUUGUGUAAAAGUUUUCAGAGUAAAAUAUUUUUUUCCUGGUGGUAAGCAUGCAAUAAACUGCAAAAGCUGAUUGGGAUAACAAUAGAAUCUUGUUUUCUUUUUUGUUGUUUGGUUUGGGGGCCAUACCUGGCAAUGCUCAGGGCUUACUCCUGGCUCUGCACUAAUGAAUUACUCCUGACAGUGCUUGGGGGGCUCUGUGGGAUGUUAGGGAUUGAACACGGGUUGACUUUGUGCAAAGCUAGUGCCCUACCCUCUGUACUGUUGCUAUGGCCUGAAUCUUUUCUCUUUUAUGUAAGCAUGUCUAUAUUCACAUGUAUUAUCUUUGGGAAUUUUGGUAGCCCAGCGCCAGCACUGAGUUUUGUAUGGAUACAUGCUCCUUUUGUCCUUUAUCUAGAAAAAGAAUGCCUGGCUCUCUGUGAGCUAUGAUUGUGCUGUAUCCUUUGUGUUGUGCACUCAGGAGGGGUAUGUUGAUUUCUUUCCUCUAUACUCCCCUGUAGGUGCACCAGAAUGUCUAAUAUUCAAUUUAGCAAAAAUAAUUAAACAUGAUGCUUAAGUACUACUGUUGUAACCAGUUUAGUUACAUAGACGGUUGACCAAAAAGCUCAAUCACCACUCAAAUGGUUAAUUUGUAUGAGUAAGUAGUAAGUACGUCUCACUCAUAUAGGGGCAUAUAGGAAGCCCUUCUUGAGCUCCACUUUGGACUAUAAUUAUGGAUCUGCACCGUCCAAACUAGGUAAGUGCUCUGUCCUCUGUUUCCUUGGGAUGUUUGUAAUUAAGAUGGUUUAGUUUGAAGAUCCAGAUACAUGGUUUUAGUUCAGGAUGAAAUAAUGGAACUACUGAAUGAAUGCUUUAAUAAAAUACUGAAAUAUUUCUAAAAUUUGCAAAAUUUGAAUAGUUGCUUAUUUAUUGGAGUUUGGGGCAGCACCUGGUAGUGCUUCAAGUUUAUCCCCGACUCUGUGCUUAGGGGUCACGCCUGUGGAGCAUGGGUGUCAGGGAUUGAACCAGUGUUAGUGCUUGCAAGCAGGUACCCUCACCCCUGUCCUAGUUCUCUGGCCCCUGAGUAGCUGUAAUAGAAGUAUAUGAAUAAAGAUGAUAUCUUAGUCUUUUGGAAUCCAUUCUAAUACAGUCUCUGUUGCCUCUCAGUCUUGUCUGUUUUGUAACUGGAAAGAUACAAGCCUGGGCUUGAUUCCCUGCUCUGCAACAUCAAGCACCUUAGGGCUAGCCCCUGAGCACCAGUGGGAGUGGUCCCCAAACUGAAAAAAAAUCAAAAACAAAACAACUGUUCGAUGAACUAAAGCUACACACAACGAAUGUAAAUAUUAAGUUUCUUUUCUUUGUAAUAACUGUUUUAUCAUGAUUUAAGUCAGUGAAUUUAUGAGGUGUUUUAUUUUUGUUUAGUUUGGUUUAGGGGCCUAUGCCUGGCAGUGCUCAGGGAGAUUACAUCUGGUGUGGCUCAGAGGACCAUACGGGGCGCCAUGAGCCCAGGUUGCUGCGUGUGGCAAGGCAAGCACCUUUCCCACUGCACUAUCUCUCCAGCCCUUGUAGUUUUAUUUCCAAAUUUAAGAUUGUCACUGCAAGUUUCUAUGGAUGUAAUGAACUACUCGCAACCACAAGAUGGCAUUCCUGACAUAAUUUGUCUUUGUUAAAGAUCAUGUGUUUCAUUUUCUUGAAGAACUACAUCUAUGAAGAAAUAUAUUUAAAAAUUGUAAAGAACAUGUUUUAAUAGUUAAAUGAGAAAGAGCAAUUUAUUCAUUUUGUUUUGCUGUGGGGCCAUACACUGUGGUGCUCAGGACUUAUUCCUGACUGUGCUCAGAGGCCAUUCUUGGAGGGCUUUGGGGACCAUAUGGGGUGCCAGGUAUGGAACUUGGGUUGGCUUCAUGCAAGGCAAAGCCCUAGCCACUGUUCUAUCACUCCGGCACCACAAUUAAAUUUUUUCUUGUGGUUCCAGAAAUCAAUCCUAGGUCUAACGCACGUAAGAUGUACUCUUUCUUUACUGCAAAUCCACAUUUCCGAUUUUUAUUCAUUUUGGUGCCAUACCUGGUGGCACUUGGGAGUCAUUCUCAGCAACACUCACGGCACCUUGUGGUGUCAGGAAUUGAAAUUGGGCUCUUUCAUGCUAGCAUGUACUUGGGGCAUUAAACUAUGUCUUUGGCCCAAUUUUUGUUGUAUUUUUGGUUUGGAGCCAUACUCACGUGACCAUGUGGUGAUGGGGAUUGGAACCCCAGAGCUCCAGCAGGCCAGUCAUGUGCCCCUAACCCCCCCCCAAAACCCCACAAAACCAAAACCCCUACAAGUAACAGUAUUGCAAACCACAGUGCUUAAAAUGGGGAAAAUGUUAAUUUUUAAUCACCUACUUUUAGUUUAAACUAUACUUGCUUGUAUUGGUGAUGAUACUGAAUUUAUAAGUAUAUUUUACUAUUGAUCUAUUGAAGUCAUGUAAAAAUACUGUUUUGGGUCUAAUUGGUAGUAAAUAUCCCAGAUCUGCAAUCCAAGUAAUUGCAUAUAAUAUUCUUCAGAGUUAAUGUUUUUAAAUGCUUUGUCUGUAGCAUUCAUUAUCUACUGCUUUUAUUGAAUAGUAGGGUUUUUUGGGGGGGCAGGGGAACAGAGGGAACAUGUAAGAUUUCAUGUUAUUUCUAAGUGUUUUGGUUCUGGGCCUCACCUCACAGUACUCAGGACAUAUUUCUGAGUGCACUCAGGCAUCAGACCUGGUGGCCUUGGAAAACCAUUUUUGGUGCUGGCCAAAAAUGAGCUGGGUCAUCUGAGUACAAGGCAAGCAACCUAUCCACUAUUGGUAGGGGCCCUCAGUACUUUCUUUUUUUAGGGGUGUUUUAUUCUUAUUUAUUUUCUUUAUUGGGUCACACUCGGCGAUGCACAGGGGUUACUCCUGGUUCAUGCACUCAGGUAUUACUCCUGGCAGUGUUCAGGGGACCGUAUGGAAUGCUGGGAAUCGAAUCCAGGUCGGCUUUGUGCAAGGCAAACACCUUACCUGCUGUACUGUCACUCCAGCCUUGCACUCAGUACUUUCUAAGACUAACUUUAGAUAUUUGAAUUUCACUUCUAUCAUUUGCUAUUUGAGUAUCCAGGGCAAGUUAUUGAACCUUUUUACGCCCCACCUGUUAGGCAAGGACCAUAGAAUAACCUUCCUUCUUCAUAAAGUUGUUGGGAAGACUAACUGCAAAGUGCUUUGAAGAGUACCUUGCAUGAAGUAUACCAUUUCAACUGUUUAAAAGCUCAACCCAUUUCAACUGUCAUUUUGUUUUACAGAUAUAGCAGUAGUUAGAUGAUCAACCGUGUGCUAAGCACUUAGCCAAGUAUUGGGAAAACCACAGCAAAAAAUAUGUACAAUCCUGUAAUGUCAGGAAGUAAUAAGUGAGAAAUUGGAAACUUUGAUAAGGAUCUGCAAAUAGAAAGCUUGGAAAGUAAGCAAUGUCCAUGUGAGUGACAUGAGAAACUCAUUUUUCCACAGUUAAAUCUGUGGAAAUAGAAGUCUAGGUCUUCCAGAGAAAUGAAUUAUGGUGGCAAAGAGCCAGUGGGGAUAGGAAUGAGCAGAGGGGACACUCAAACCCCAGAUUUACUGCUUGGAAUUUGUGGAGAAGUUACUGAAAUGAGGUAAACAUGUCAGAAAGAGCAAAGGGACUUCCUCUCUAAGGCCAACACUCCCUUCCUAGAGCUGGACUAAGUAUUACCGAUCUGUUGUAAUAUUGGAAAACUGCCACAGCAAGGGCUGGUGAAGUCCAAAGGAAAGGGAACCCCCGGAGAAGAGAAAUCAUGGGUUCUAGUUUCCCCUCUAAGAUUUACUGAUUUUGAAAGCCAAAGCAGGCUGAGAGACUUAAAAACAAGCAAAGCUUUUGUUAGCUACGUGGGAUAAGGAAAUAAAUAUUGAGUUAACAAAUUCACAGGGUUACAUUUAGAGAGACCCUAGGAAAUACCCCAAAUUUUCAUUGAGACUUGGAAUUUGGAUUUAGCUAUUUAUGGAUUUAAGUUCUUUCCUUAGGAAUAUCAAGUACGUUUGUUCCUUUAGGAAAAAAACCAUUCAGAUUUCAACACUCUACUCGGAGUCACCGCAUCCCAACUCAGGUUGUGAAAUCGCUACAACAUUCCCCUGGGACUGCCCUUGUCCUUCAGGAAUUUUCAUUACUUUUUAUCUUUUCUUUUUUGAGGAACGAUCUUUCAUCUCUAUAGAAAAAUAUGUUUUCCUUAGAAUUGGUAUCUUCCUUCAACAAAAAGGUUUUUGCCUCACUUAAAAAUAAAAACCUCUAGGGGCUGGAGAAUUGCACAGCGGGUAGGGCGUUUGCCUUGCACGCGGCCGACCCGGGUUCGAUUCCCAGCAUCCCAUAUGGUCCCCUGAGCGCCGCCAGGAAUAACUCCUGAGUGCAAAGCCAGGAGCUAACCCCUGUGCAUUGCCAGGUGUGACCCAAAAAGCAAAAAAAUAAAAAUAAAAAAUAAAAACCUCUGGGGCUGGAGCGAUAACACAGUGGGUAAGGUGUUUGCCAUGCACGUGGCCGACCAGGGUUCAAUCCCUGGCACCAUAUGGUCCCCCACGCAUUGCCAGGAAUAAUUCCUGAGUGCAGAGCCAGGAGUAACCCUUGAGCAUCGCUGGGUGUGACCCAAAAAGCAAAUAAAUAUAUAUAUAUAUAAAAUAAAAAAUAAAAACCUCAAAAUUUGGAUUAUGUUGAAUGCAAACAUGAAGGGAAAAUUUUUUAAAUAAUGAAUUGCCUUUUAUAAAAUCAUGAAAUGAGUCUCUACUUUUUUAGAUAUCUUAACAUAACUUUGGUUGCGCUAAUCUCUAGAUAGGUUGUUAGUGUUCAUGAUAAAUAGCAGGUUAAAUAGAUAUGACUGGGAGAUUAGAAAGAGACAGAAUUUUUUGAAAUUUUGAUCUUGAGCCCGGCAAGCUACCGAGAGUACCUCGACCGCACGGCAGAGCCUGGCAAGCUAUCUGUGAUAUGUUCAAUAUGACAAAAACAGUAACAAGUCUCACGAUGGAGACGUUACUGGUGCCCGUUCAAGCAGAUCGAUGAACAACGGGACAACAGUGAUAGUGAUUGUGAUUCAGUAAGAGUUUAUCAUGUUAAUUUUCAUAGUAAAGCCACAAAUAUUAUUUUUAACUGUCAUCCCAUUGCUCAUCGAUUUGUAACGUCUCUCAUUGAGAGAUUUAUUGUUACUGUUUUUGGCAUCUUCAAUGUGCCACGGGUAGCUUGCCAGGCUCUGCCGUGCGGGCGCGAUGCGGUAGCUUGCUGGGCUCUCCAAGAGGGGUGGAGGAUUCGAACACGGGUCGGCCGCGUGAAAGGCGACCGCCCUACCGCUGUGCUAUCGCUCCAGCCCACAACUACCAAUUCUGUGUUUAUUUUGAUGUGGACUUGAGAUUUAAUGGAGCUGUCCAACUUGGACCCUAAUCAGGAAACUAUUGGGUAGUCUGCACAGUAUGGAGUGACAAAGGGUGCAAACCAUUGCUUUGUGAUCCAUUCUCAACAUUUAAGUUCUUGCAGUUCCUUUGAAGUUGGAUUGAGGUCUAGAGAGUUAGUACAGUGGGUAGGGUGUUUGCCUUGCAUGCAGCUAACCUAGAUUUGAUCCCCGGCAUUUCAUAUGGUUCCCUGAGCACCACCAGCAGUAAUUCCCGAGUGCAGAGCUGAGAGAAACCUCUGAGCAUUACCAGGUGUGGCCCAAAAACAAAAAAGAAAAGUUGGGUUGACUUGACUGGAUUGUACAAUACACAUCACUGAAGAAUUUCCUGUUUUCAGUCUCAUUUUUUUCUUCUAAAUUACUUUCACUAAAAAGCCAACAAAAACUACAGUCAUAGGGAUAGUAUAGUGAGUGGGUAUUUGCCUUUCAUACAUCUGAUCUGGGUUCAAUCCUGGUCCUUGAGUAAAGCCAGGAGUAAGCCUUGAGCACUGCCAGGUGUGGCCCCCAGCCACAAACAAAUGAUACCUAGUCUGGAUGAGGAUAUAAAGGAUAAAACAUGAAACGUGUACUUAGGGUUUAAGUAAUCAGAUGGCAUUAAAAAUACUUGCAUUCAUAAGUUUGUAAAAUAAAAGUGAUAAUCUGCU